AGCCGCGCUCAUCAUGUAUUUAUUUACACAUAAUAUUUUACUCGGGGGGCAAAUCAACCUCGCUGCGACGGUCGGGGGAGGCUGGACACGUCGUACCCGUCGCCGUCCCUCCCAUGUUACGCCCGCGGCACCUUUUCCUAGUGGUUUAAAUGACUGUUUCCUCACUGAGCCCAAGUGACAGUAAUUCCUGCCUGCGCGCUCCGCGUCCUCUGCGCGCCUCCGAGCGCCGCCGUGUCGAGACGCUCCGCUCCGCUCCGCUCCGCCGCUCCCGCACAGCCCGGAUCAUGAGGGGGUCCGCUCGCUCCCACGGCACGCAGGAGCGCGACAAAUGCGUGUGCAUGACCAACUGCCCGACCCUAAUUGUUACAGUAGGCCUUCCAGCCAGAGGAAAGACGUACAUCUCCAAGAAGUUGACCCGAUACUUGAACUGGAUUGGCGUACCCACAAAAGAGUUCAACGUUGGUCAGUACCGUAGGGACUGCGUGAAGAUCUACAAAUCAUUCGAGUUCUUCCGUCCAGAUAACGAAGAGGGCUUGAAGAUCAGAAAGCAGUGUGCGUCAGCCGCGCUGAACGAUGUCCAGCAGUAUCUCGGGGAAGAGGGAGGUCAAGUGGCGGUGUUUGAUGCCACCAACACCACGAGGGAGAGGAGGGAGACCAUCGUCAGGUUUGCCGAGCAGAACGGCUACAAGGUGUUCUUUGUGGAGUCAGUCUGCGAAGACCCUGACGUCAUUGCAGAGAAUAUUGUGCAAGUGAAGCUGGGCAGCCCUGACUACACUGACUGCAACACAGACGAAGCAAUCGAGGAUUUCAUGAAGCGGAUCAAGUGUUACGAGAAUUCAUACCAGACCUUGGAUGAGGACCUGGACAGGGAGCUGUCUUUCAUCAAGAUCAUAGAUGUGGGCCGACGGUAUCUGGUGAACCGAGUCCUGGACCACAUUCAGAGUCGCAUCGUGUACUACCUGAUGAACAUCCACAUCACUCCACGCUCCAUCUACCUGUGCCGUCACGGAGAGAGCGAUCUCAACGUCAAGGGCCGCAUCGGGGGAGACUCCGGACUGUCCUUGCGGGGCAAGGAGUUUGCCAGAUAUUUGGCAAAGUUUAUCCAGGACCAGAAUAUCAAGGAUCUGAAGGUGUGGACAAGUCAGAUGAAGAGGACCAUCCAGACGGCCGAGGCACUGAGCGUGCCCUACGAGCAGUGGAAGGCGCUUAAUGAGAUCGAUGCGGGCGUGUGUGAGGAGAUGAUGUACGAAGAGAUCCAGGAGAACUAUCCUCUGGAGUUCGCCCUGCGGGACCAGGACAAGUACCGCUAUCGCUACCCCAAGGGAGAGUCCUACGAGGACCUGGUUCAGCGGCUGGAGCCGGUCAUCAUGGAGCUGGAGCGUCAGGAGAAUGUGCUGGUCAUCUGCCACCAGGCUGUCAUGCGCUGUCUCCUCGCCUAUUUCCUGGACAAGUCUGCAGACGAGCUGCCUUAUUUGAAGUGCCCUUUGCACACGGUGCUAAAGCUCACACCAGUAGCUUACGGUUGCAAGGUGGAGUCCAUAUCCCUUAACGUGGAUGCAGUGAAUACACACAGAGAUAAACCAGAGAAUGUUAAUAUACAUCGUAGUUCAGAGGAUGCUUUGCAGACCGUCCCUCCUCACCUUUGACCUGAUGUCAAGGCAUGUGGGACAGUGAUGGACUUCUCUCAGGGACACUUCCCACACACACACACACUCCUGCACCUGUGUUCGGGCAGACUCCUGCCGAAGCCAUUCUGUUUUCUUGGUCUGUGACAAAACGGUAUCUUAUUCUUCCAUCUGUUGAUCCUCCCAGUUUCCUUCCAAAGGUAGCUGGUCGUAUUUAUAGCAAAGUGCACAGUAUGCCACGAAAAAUGGUCGCAGUGGUUGAGAAGUACUGUUCUAAACGCUAAUCCCCCCCAUUUUUGUUUCAAAGGGAUCUUUCAAGGUAUGUAUUUAUUACUGCUUUGAUUUUAUUGCUUCAGAAUUUUCAGACCCUGUUAUGGUAACACUAGGCAUUAAAAAAGAAAGACUGAAAGCUGAGGUCGGUAAUCAGGGUCUUGUGCUGUCAACUGGACGAGUAAAGGACGAGCACCCUGUUCAUGCCUCUGCCGGGGUGGGAUUACACAAAGUAAUGAGCAAUCAUGGUGUCGCUUUAAAUUUAAUUUGUCAAACCUGAGAACGUGGGACUGGUGUCCAGACUGUGUGUUACAAUGGAUGUGGUCUGCAUUCACGAGUGGGGAGGAGUCCUGGUGAUUCUGGUGCUGCUUUGGUCUUUAUAAUAUGCACUGUACAUGUGUGCCGUGUACCUCAUUGGUGGGGAGAGCUAGUUCUCUUGUUUGUGUGCCCAAAAUGGCUUUAAAAGAAAAAGUUUCUUUGACUUUACAUGUUAUUUUCAUAGAUCACUUGUUUUGAGGAGAAAAAUAAUGUCCACAGUUCUAUGAAAUUUAGCUGCCGUCGGUAAUUCUCCUGCCCUCAACAAUCAGAGAUUUGUAUGGAUCAUGUUUAUUUUCUUGUACAUUUUCACAGGAUUAAGUUCUAGGAAACAUUGUCAGCAUUGAUUCAUUUGCACCAAUCUUCCUGUACGGCGGAUGAGAGUUGAAUGUUAAACAGGUUUAAAGGGUCAUUCGGUGUAAUCUGCACAGUGUUAAAUCUGUAAGAGCACAGCACCUCCAAUUUCAUAAUUCAUGCUCACAUUGAAAUAAUUUGAUAAUUUACAUAGCAAAGUAUUUUUUAAAAAGUAUUUUAUUUGUAAAAUUUUUAAAAUGUUGGGGAGAUUAGUGCUAUGAUCCAGUUUAAAGGGUCUCACUUGGUCUUUCUGACUAAAAUACAUUUUAUUUCUUUGGGAAAAACAUGCUUUGUGUUAAUGUAAUUCUCACAACUCUGUGGAACCUCAUUCACAAAACUUAACUGUUGACAAUGGAGACAUAUUGAAACUAUUUGUGAAUGACUUGUGUUUUUGAAUUGUGCAGAAUUUUAAUAAAACACUGCAGGUACAUUUAUUUACUUAGCUGAUGCUUUUCUCAAAAGGAACA